AUGGAUGUAAACGGAACGGAUAGGAUAGGAUCAGGGGCGGAAGUACUGAGGGACAGGAGAGCCACGGCUUCCCCAACCAGUAAAAGAAUUGAUUCUUUUUUCAAGAGGAAGGCUUGUGAUGAAGAUGAAAAAAAUGCAUCUACAUCAUCUAAAAUUGAGAAACUUCAUGAGAAUCCAAAUAUUGAAGAAAAUGAAAAACAACUCUCUAAGGUUCCUAAAAUUACACAUAAUGAAUUUGAAAAUACUUUAGAACGUGAUCCGGGAAAGCGUCUUCAAAUUUGGCAAUACCCACCAAAUCAAAUUGAUGAGGUACGAAGGGCUUAUCUAAAAUGGGGUCCAUAUCAAAUGCGUCUAGAAAAUUAUCCAUUUUCUAGUAAAGAUGAUCAUCCAAGAAGAUUUCAGUACACAUGGUUUAGCUUAUUUCCUUCAUGGUUAGAGUAUUCGCCAUUAAAAGAUGCUGCAUAUUGCUUACCAUGCUAUCUUUUUAGUAAAAAACCAAGCGGACGACCUGGCUCAAAUGUUUUCAUUGUUACAGGUUUUAAAAAUUGGAGGAAAGUUAAUAAUGGAAAAAAUUGUGCUUUCCUUAAACACAUUGGGAAGGAUCCUUGUUCACCACACAAUAUUGCAGUGUCUGCUUGUCAAGACUUGUUAAAUCAAAAUUGUCACAUUAGGAAUGUUUUGGAAGUGCAAAGCUCAGAUCAAAUUAUGAAGAAUCGGUUACGUCUCAAGACUUCAAUCGACACAGUUCGUUUUUUAUCACUUCAAGCUUGUGCUUUUAGAGGUCAUGAUGAAAGUACUGAAUCGAGGAACCAAGGUAAUUUUCUUGAGAUGAUAAAACUCAUAGCAUCAUACAAUGAUGAAGUUGCAAAAGUUGUGUUGGAAAAUGCUUCAUUCAAUUCCAAAUAUACUUCACCCAAAAUUCAAAAGGAAUUAUUGAAUAUUCUUUCUAGUAAAGUGAAAAAUCAUAUUCGUGAGGAAAUUGGGGAUUCCAAGUUUUGUAUAGUUGUCGAUGAAGCUCGUGAUGAAUCAAAAAAAGAGCAAAUGGCUCUUGUUUUGAGAUUUGUUGAUAAAAAUGGUUUUAUUCAAGAGCGAUUUUUUGAUAUUGUGCAUGUUAAAGACACUGCAGCAAUAACUUUGAAGAAUGAAUUGUGUGUUGUACUAUCUCGACAUAAUCUUAAUGUUUCUAAUAUCCGUGGUCAAGGGUAUGAUGGUGCUAGCAAUAUGAGAGGAGAAUGGAAUGGAUUUCAAGCAUUAUUUUUGACUGAUUGUCCUUAUGCAUAUUAUGUUCAUUGUUUUGCUCAUCGGUUACAACUUGCCUUGGUUGCUGCAUCAAGAGAAGUUAUUCCAAUUCACCAAUUCUUUUCAAAAUUGACUUUCAUUGUCAAUAUUGUUUGCUCUUCUAGUAAACGUCAUGAUGAGUUACAGGCUACCAAGUUAGAUGAAAUUGCAUAUUUGUUAGAAAUUGAUGAGCUUGAAAAGGGUAAAGGGGCAAAUCAAAUUGGUACUUUAAAACGAGCUGGGGAUACCCGUUGGAGCUCCCAUUUCUCUUCUAUUUGUAGCUUGAUCAAUAUGUAUGAUGCAACUUGUUUAGUUCUAGAAAAAAUUACUGUUGAUGGAUCUACUUAUUCACAACGUGGUGAUGCUGAUAAUGCUUACAAAAGCUUGACCUCAUUUGAGUUUAUACUGAUCUUGUAUUUGAUGAGAGAAAUUAUGGGGACAACAGAUGUUCUUUGUCAAGCAUUACAACAACAAUCUCAGGAUAUAGUUAAUGUUAUGCGUCUAGUUUGUUCUACAAAAGGACUUAUUCAAAACUUGAGAGAAAAUGGUUGGGAUAAGUUAUUAAAAAAUGUGACUUCUUUUUGUGAAAAACAUGAUAUUGAGGUGCCUAAUUUUGGGGCUUCUUAUGUAGCAAGGCAAGGACGCUCUCGUCACCAAAAGGAUCAUAUUACAAUGGAGCAUUAUUUUAAAGUUGAAAUAUUCUUUGUUACCAUUGAUAAGCAAUUACAAGAGUUAAAUAGUAGAUUUAAUGACCAAGCAAUGGAGUUAUUAAUUCUAAGCUCUGCUUUGGAUCCUAAGGAUGCUUAUAAAGCUUUUAAUAUUGAUAAAAUUUGCACUCUUGUGGAAAAAUAUUAUCCCAUGGAUUUCAAUGAGCAAGAGAAGAUUAAUUUGAAUUUUCAACUUCAACAUUUCAUUAUUGAUGCUCGUCAAGAUUCAAAUUUGAAGAAUUUAUCAACAAUGCAAGAGUUAUGUACAUGUUUGGCAACAACAAAAAAGUCUGAAGUUUACUACUUGAUAGAUAGAUUACUUCGUCUUAUCAUGACUCUUCCAGAUUCUACAGCUACAACUGAAAGAUCUUUUUCUGCAAUGAAAAUAAUCAAGAACAAGUUGAGAAAUAAGAUGGAGGCUGAAUUUUUAGCAAGCACUAUGAUAAUCUAUAUUGAAAGGGAUAUUGCAACUAGCUUCAGCUCUAAUUCAAUUAUUGAAGAUUUUAAGUCAUUGAAAGAGCGUAAAGGAGCACUCUGA